AUCUCCCACAAAAUAUAUUUAGCCUUAUAAUAGCCAUGCCUACGUCCACUUCUCUUCUUGUUUGCUUUAUCACACUUCUCUUAUUUGUUUCCAUUGCUCAAUUACAUGAAACGGGUGUAGGUGUGGAUGGGAUUGGAGGAGGCAAUCUGGAUGAAGCAAAAAUAGAUUGUGGGAUGGAAUGCGAUAGAAGGUGCCAGUUAGCGUCUCGGCAAAAUAUGUGUCACCGAGCGUGUGGCACGUGCUGCAGUCGGUGCCAGUGUGUGCCACCGGGAACCUCCGGCAACCAGGAUGCCUGCCCGUGUUAUGCCUCGUUGACCACCCACAACGGCCGCAAAAAGUGCCCUUGAUGUGGAUUAGAGACGGAUUUACCUGCAUAUAUACUUCAUUAUUGAGAAAUACUACUAUAUUCUCAUUAUUUGAAAUAAGAAUGAAGUAAUAAUGAGGAGGAGAGGAUAUUCAUAUGAGAUCCUAGAUCCUCGGUUUGUCUAUAAUUUUGUUUUUCAGAUUUAAUUUAUUAUGUGUAUUUUUAUUGGCAAAUACGGUUAUUUUAUACAUCUAGUGCAAUAUUAUGAUA